ACCGGUGACCGUACACGGGACUCACGCCGGGGUGCUGCUCCCGCUCUGUGCCCGCGGAACCGGCAUCUGUCCUUCACCGCACUGCGAAUCGGCAGCUUCAAACCGAACUCAUCGCCCGUUCUUCAGAUGGCGGCGCCGACUGGAGCCCGGCGUCCGCGUGGUGUCCGUCACCGCGCGGUCGUCUCCUCCGGCGGCCAAAACGGCGCGGGGCGUCUUCGUGCUCGUCGAUCGAAAGCAGCUGCCCUCACGGCUCGGCAUCGCCGGCCCGUCCGUCGUCGCGUCAUGCAGGUCUGGGCAGCACAUCUCGUGGGAAGCUGUACUUGACAAGCCACGGCCAUCAGAAUUGUCGGGUUUUCUUUUCCGCUGGACGCUAGGUGACGCCUCUUUCGCACCUGCCUCGGAUGACGGUAGCAGGUUCUCCUGGCCUCCGCUCGGUCUCGGCAACGUGACCGGCUCUGUGCUGCUGACGGUGUCGGCGGGGCCAGGCUACUCCGUCGGCGGACGAGGAGGACGGCGGUCUCAGCUCCGCGCCUCCACCAACGUUACCGUGCUGCGAUGCGCGCAGGUGCUGCGCUUCGCGGCCUCACCCGCGGCGUUCGGGGACAGCAGCGUGUUCAGCGCGUCCGUGUCCGGCACCGCUCCGCUGUCCGUGCGCGCUGUCUUCCACGACGGCGCCCAGAGGCGGUGGACCACGAGGCACGACGCGUGGACUGUUCGCUUCAGCCGCCUUUACGUCCGCACCGGCUCGUUCCACGUGACUCUCAGCUGCACGAACCGAGCCGGCACCGUAACUCGCUUUGCCGUCGCUGUCGUAGAAGAACCCGUCUCCGGUCUGAGGAUGACGGUACGCAGGCCUGCGUCCUUUCCUCUGGUGCCGCUCGACGAAACCGUGGAGCUGGAGGCCGAGCUGAUAUCUGGCACGGGACUGACCUUUCGCUGGAGAAUCGCUGAUGGAAGAUCGAUCAACGAACCAGCAACCGUGGAAACCCGAGGAAGAACGAGCAUCGCACGUCACCGGUUCAGCGUUCCGGGCACGUACAACGUCAGCGUGUCCGCCUCCAACGGCCUGCUGUCGCGCAGUGGCGCCUAUCGCGCGGCCCACAUCGGGCGGCCGUUGAGAGUGGUGGAAGCCAUUGAUGGCCUCGCCGCCGACGUCAUCGGAGGCCGCUACGCGGUUCUGCUGCCGCCUUGCCGCGUCAGUGGCGACUCCGAAAAUGAAGGAACCGCCAGCUUGCCGACGACGCCUUCCCCCACGCGCAGUACCGGUCGUCGUGGAACCGGCGAGCCCUGUCUUCGGGACUGUGGGCAUCCUUCGGAGAUGAUACGCUCAAGACCUGGCGGUCACUCUCACGCUGUUCACCUAGAAGAAGAGAACGCGGCGACAUAUCUGCAUCGGUCGGUGACAUUACCGUCUGCCAUCUCCCUGAAUGAACGCGCCUCGCGGAAUCUGGAAGCCUCACUUCCGGGAGCGGAGGAGGAAGUCCAAGGUGACCAUAGUACCGCGAUAACGAGUGCCCCGCGCGUGCUCCUACCUGACCGUGCGCCUCGCCAAGUGAACCGAGGAACUGCAAGAAAACGGGACGACGUCCACCGGCUGUCGCCAAAGGCUCGAGGCGGCUUGUUGAUGCGGAGUCCGGACGGCCAAGUGUCACCGAGGCUCUGGCGGGAACAGAAGCGCCAACCGUCGCCGCCGCCGCCGCAGCAUCAAAAGCAGCCGCACGAUUGUCGUUCGAGUGGCGUCCACUUCGGCGCCCACGUUGCCAGGGGCUCGGACGUGGUGUUCGUCUUCCAUUUCGGUGACGGCACCAAUCAGCGCGUGGAGCCGGCCACCACGGCGUCUCGACAAGGCAUCGGAUCGAUGGCGCAGACCGCUGCCUCGGCCGUCGUGACCCAUCACUACAAGCGCGGAGGACGUUUCUCGGUGUCGGUGAUGGCCAGCAACCCGCUGGGCAGCGUGACCAGGCUCAUCGAUCGGCCCGUGUACGUGGGCAGCCCCGCCGAGGGCCUGACGCUCGAGCCGAGCGAGUACGCCGUGGUCGCGGCCGGCCGCAGCGGCUCGAUCCGGGCCGCGCUGCGUCGGGGCGCAAACGCCACCGUCGCCUGGGAACUGCGCUCGGCCGACGACAUCACCGCGCCGCCGGUUCGGCGGCUACGUGCCACGGACACCGGCACCACCUUCGAGCGCGUGUUCGAAUCGCCUGGAACCUACCACCUAAUGGCCGAAGCAAGUAACCCGGUCACCGAAGGACUUGAGCUCCCUCGCCCCAGGGCUCAAGUCAAGGUUCUCGUGCAGGAAUUGUUGCGAGAGGCGUCCCUGUGCGUCGGGCCGCCCGCUGCUGCCGAGACGUGCGCGCCCGCAGACGUGACGUUGCCCCUGGAGAAGCGGCUUCUGUUGCGAGCCUCGGUGGUGCCCGCCACGGAGAAGACGCUGCGCUUCCUCUGGUCUCUGAAGCCGCAGCAAGAACGCUACGUCACGGACGCGGCCGCUGUGAACCUUCGCCCCACGGGGCCUGGAACCUACGCGGUCAGGGUAACCUGCCAGAAUCACGUGAGCUCUGUGUCAUCGCCAGAGCUGGUGCUUCGUCUUGUCGAGCGGGUGACCAACCUGAACGGAAUCAACGUCCUGGGACCGGUGCUGGUGGCUCGGCCUACGCGCCUGCGAGCUGUCUACACGACGGGCAGCGACCUGACCUUUCUGUGGAACUUUGGAGACGGCAGUAAUCCGGUCUCGGUCAGCGCCGGACCUGAGGUGUCGCACACGUUCACCAGGGUGCGAGAGUACUGGAUCAAGGUUGUCGCCUACAACGCCUUCAGUCGCGCCGAGUUCGAGACGAACGUGUUCGCGACGGAGCAGCCCUGCAGCAAGCCCGAACUGCGCCUCCACCGGUUCACGGAGGUCCGCUUCAACGAAAACGUGUACGUGGAGGCAGCCGUCAGUACAUCGUGCCCUAUCUCGGCCAAGAUCAGGUACUCGUGGACCGUCCUGAACGCGACAGGGUCGCACGUCGUCUUCAAGCACAGCGGUGGCGCCCUCUCCCGGAAGGACCUGCUCCUGCCUGCGGGAACGCUGCCCGUAGGCCGGUACCUGCUGUCGCUCAAGGCCCGCAUGAUGCCCACGGCCGUGUACGCCAUCGCGAAUGCGACACUGGCAGUUGUGCCGCCUCCGGUCAGCUUCAGCAUCGCGGGCGGCUCGUGGCGAACCAUCGGCCCGUCUGCGAUCGUCAUCCUCGAGACCGAGGUCUACCCGCCUGACCUCACCGACUACAUAAUUACUUGGAAGUGCGAGGUGCUGAACGACGCUCACGCUGACUGUUUCACGCACCCUGUCCCAUUGUUAUUGGCCAAGCGAAGCACCAGGACGCUGCGUUUCCUCGCUUCCUCACUGAACUCCAAAAGUGCCUUCCUCUUCACUGCAAUGCUGACCCUGGGGAACGCCUCCUCUCACAUUGCACAGCAGGUCCUGAAUGCAUCUGAAACCGGCCCUCAAUCUCGGCUCAUUGAUGUAAGCUGCCAGUCAUGUGACUAUGAAAGACACAUGCGAAGUCACGAAAAAGUGACGUUCACUGCGUCAUGCCAAGACUGCGACCCCAGCGAGGAGCUCGACUUCGAGUGGUCAGUGUGGAGCCUCUCGGAUCACAAGAGCCUCCACCAUGGUGAUGACCACUGCUAUGGCAGUAUUGGCAGCACCCAAAUGCGUCUGGACAACAGCAGUGCUCAGGUUGGCCGAACGCCUCACCGAAGAGCAUAUGGCAUUCAACACGCAUUGCACCAAGCUGGUUCAAGAAGUCCACUUCCACCGUUUCCACCAUUUCCAGACUUUGCCAAUGGCACAGGAUCUGCAAAAAAUGUUCAUUUUGAGCCAACUGAAAACCAUCGGUUCACCCGCCUUGGAAAACAACAACGUUCUAAUGUUCCAAAAGGACCGAGACGAAUUGACAGCAGGCUUGGCGUUGUAUCUGCGGACAGUAGGUCUGCAUCGGUAUUGAGGAAGAUUUUCGGAUAUUCCAGAAAAAGAGUUGAAGUCAGCAGCUUUGUGAGCUCGUUCCGCCACAGCAGAUGGCUGGUCCUCCAACCAGGAGCACUGAUAGCCAAAUGUUCCUACGCAGUUCAUGUGAAGGUUCGCCGAAAAGUUUCAAAUGACACCGUGGGAGAAGCAAGGGAGAGGAUAACAGUUGGAGGUGGGACGUCAGGAGGUCAGUGCAAGGUCCAGCCUCGCACCGGUGUCGCUCUGGAGACGCUUUUCACGGUGAACUGCUCCAUUUGGAAAGGUGGCCGUAAACCGUACGCAUACGUCAUCAGCUAUGGCCUGUCCCCUGCUGGCCCCUGGCGACAACUUUACCGCGGCUCUCAUUCCACCUCUUCAUUUUGGCUGCCUCCCGGAAUGGCCUCACAAAACAACUCUGUGCACAUCAGGAUGGUCAUCCACGACGCCGAUGGAUUUCGAUUGUGCGUUCCACAAACAAGUGUGUUGAGAGUGCUGAAUUCGAUGGAUCUUUUUGUUAUGAAAAACAAAACUUCCCACCUGUCACCAAGAAUAGCCAGACUAUUUGAUGACCAGCAAUACCAAGCAGCACUGAACAAACUUCAAGUACUUAUAACUGCGCUUAGAAGUACUGAGGCACCAAAGAGCACUUUGCGCACAUACCAACUCGACCUCUUCAGAAGCGUAUGGCGAUUUGCAAUAUGCGUACUGCGGAACUUGGAAUCCCUUCCUGUAAACACAGUGCAAGCUUUUAUUCAAACAUGGAAUAUUAUUGUGGAGCCCAUAUUUCCGGGAGAAGAACACGACCUCAUUGCAGCAUCCCAGCUGCUUCAGUUCUUUGUUCAGGAUGUUCAAACGAGCCAGCUAGCCACGUCAGGACAAUUUGAAGCUGUAGUGCAGGAACUUGUCACUGCUCUGGGCCAUCUAAUUAAAUCAGCGCAGACACUCAGUCUGCACACGUGGCACAUCUUCUACGAACGCAUUCACACUAUCGAAGACAUGAUAAAGAGUUUCAUUGAAGACAACUACGUUUCUCGAGAGGCACUGCAUUUUUCCUCAGCUUGGCUCGAGCUUUCUGUAUUUGAUGCUUCCAUGGACGUACAGUGCUCUGUUGCCUCAGGACAAACAGCUUUUCACCCGGACACUGGCACUAUAUUACACAGCGUCACUCCCCUAAACAGUCCGGGCGCCCCGCCAAAGCAGCCUACGUUUUGCCUGGUGUACAGGUUUCCUUUCUUUGCAUUCAGUCCUCGAGCACCGUUACUAAAUUGCCGACCCCCAAGUAUGGCAUCAACGUUUGCCCUAAACCCAAGUGCUGCGACUCCUGCGCAAGGACCUUACGUAGUGAAUUUUCCCCGUCAAAAUAUGCAGCACAACAAAGAUUUUGUCCUGAGCCCAGGCACAGUUCAUGCACACAGUCUGAAAAAUUUGCAAGAUCAGUCGCGAUCCCACCUGUACAUAAGAGUGGAGACAGGGUACGUCGCCGAUGGUCUUCAAGUGUAUCUGAGCCAUGGUACUGAACAGCUGGUCAUAUCUCAUGGCAUCAGAGUUCGUCAAAUAUUUAAUGUGACGGAGAUUUACAUUGACAAAGAAGCCUUCUAUGACCACAAUGAUUGCCAGUUGACCAUCGCACGAGAGCCACAACGCAUUGGAAACUGGAAGCUAACAUAUGGUUCUUCAAGCUUGGCAUAUCAACUGGAAGGCUUUGGGCAGGAGUGCUUGCAGUUCUCUCCCGAAAAGGCUGUGUGGGACGCACGUGGCUGCUUAGUCACUGACUCAACAAAUGUGCAGUCUGUUCAAUGCAAGUGCCAAGGAGGACCCCCCAUCAUAUCCAUGAUCUCAGGCUCUCUCGAACUGCAGCUUGUUGAGCUGCCAGCAUACAAGGUAUUUGGCAAGCAGAUCAACCAGGUCGUCAUAUCUUUUCUGGUGGCAACCAUGGCUGUCUACACCCUGGCAACGUGGUGGUUAUGCGGUGGCGACAAGCGUGCGAUACGUGGUGGUCCAAGAGGGGGCCAUGUAUUUGCAUUGAAGACGGCACGAUCGACAGCGCAACACCUGUAUGUGAUCACUGUUCAGACUGGACCUUUCUUCAAUGCAGGGACGUCAGCAGCGGUGUCAAUGAUACUUCAUGGAGAGACAGGAGAUUCAGAGGUGAUAAAGCUUGCUGACAGCCACCAAGUUCUUCAAAGAUGUUCCACAGUUGCCUACCUGGCUGGCACGAACAUCGCUCUAGGAAAUCUUGCAAGUGUCGAGGUCUGGCAUGACAACUCUGGAGAAUUUCCAUCUUGGUUCUUGGAAGACGUGACUGUGGUGCACUGGAAUACACAACGCACUUGGCACCUUGUUUUUGAUGAGUGGCUCUCCACAAGCAGCAAGGAUGGCAGAAUCGAAAGGGAGGCGUUCGUUUCGAAGAACAGCCCAGCCGUGCUGAGGACUAUGCAGCGCUCAUUGAUACGUGCGCUUAGCGAGCAUCACUUAUGGCACUCUACUGUGACAAUGAAAAGUUGCUCUUGUUUCUCGCGUGGCCAGCGGCUUUUACUGUGCCUUUCGACAGUGCUUUUCUCAGGUGCACUGAGCGCACUUCGCAUCUUCUUCGCAGAUGUUGAGCCUGCAGCAACUGGUCUAUCAGCACAAUACGUUGGUGAAGCAGGCCUUGUCUGUCUCAUAGUCCACCUAGUUCACCAAGUCCCUACGGCAAUCUUCAGACACUAUGACUGCAUGGCUUUGCUGCAAAAUCUCUGGACCAGGUUCAGGAUGCUGCUUUUCUGCAUGUUCGAUGCGACAUGUGGCCGGGCAACCCGUGGACAAAGCACCCCCUCAUACUCGUCAUCCAGCUACAGCCUGGACACACUGUAUGGCAUAUACAGAGCGCGAACUGAAGGCACUGGAGGCAGUGCUGGUGGCCAGUCGUUUCACUUGUCGCAGUUCAACGAAGAAGAUGUUAGCUACACUCCGAGCAGCACCAACAGUUCUGCUCAACUGAGAAAAGUGCAGUUGCAUCAAGAAGAAAGCACACCUGCCCGUAGCAGUGAAGCAUCUCCCGAUGAACAAGCAGCAGCAGGUCGACAGAACUUGGAAAGCGGGGAGGCGGAGGAGGAAGCUGCCCUUAGCAACACUGCAUCGCCACUGGAAGCAGCUUUGGCCAACUUGGUUAAGCUUCAACGCCAGUACCGGAGAAAUGAUAAUCCUUUUGGAGAUGGCUACUUGGAGUCCCAGGAGAGGAGCCCUUCACCUUCUCUUAGAGACUCUGAGUUAACGUGCCUUGAUUUUGAUACUGAUGAUAAUGAAGACAGUGAUGACUCUGGAGUGGCAUACAAAGUGCCUUCACUGGCAGACUCAGCAGCCGACCGGCUUACCUGGCUGGUCGGCUUGCUUGGCUGGCUCUUGGUGGCAGGGCUCACUUUGGGCUCUCUCUGCACCCUUGUCUGUUGCACUGAAAUGUUCCUGGCUGGUGCAAAUGCUUUGUGUUUCGAAAUAACAGCAGUGGCUGUAUUGUGGUCAAUCUUCAUAGCUUAUCCAAUACAAGCCUGCGUGGUGUCCACAUGUACAUAUAUGUGCUGGCACCUCUCUCAGAAGCCACAGAGUGCCUUCCUUAUGCUUCCAUGUGCGUGCAACGAUGCCCUGCAACGCCUUCUUCGACGCAUCCGCAUCCCCGCUGCAACCCCACUGCUUCCCCUUCGGCACUGCAAGCGUUUAUCCAAACACCCGUCACGUCGCGCAGCUGGUUCUAUGACUCAAGAUAGUGGACACUGCUAUGCUGGAGUUGAUGGCUUGGACACGACAUGGGUACAGCGCUGGCAUCCCGGUCACCUACUGCACCACUUAAUGCGAUAUCCUUCAGAGAGGAAGCUGGUUGUCAUCAGGAGGCGGUGUCUGGCGAUGGUAGCAGUCUUCAAAGCAACGAGAUAUUGCGUCUCCUCUGCAUUGUUGAUAACGGUGCUGCUGGCAAAUGCCGUAAGCGAGAACGUGGAAGAGUUGUACCGUCAGCGUCAGAGCAUCAGGCGGUUCAUUCGCAGCACGAAUGGAGUCGGUUGCGAUCCCCACGGUCGUCGGCCGGAGAGACAGCUUCUCACCACGUUGUGCGAUGAUGACUCUCACAGCCUGCUUCUUGCCACCGGAUCAGUGCUUCUGCAGCCUUCCCGGGUGUGUAUUCACGGCGAACACGUGGGGUUCAACAGAAACCACUCUUUGUGCCCACUUGUCACACAAGAAGCUGGCCAUGCUACAUUUGAAAGGUGUCAUGAACGUUCAGACGAUGCGGCCGUACGGGACCCUGCACUUAAGCUUCAACUGUACAAUCAUGCUCUGAAAAUUCUCAGCUGUUUGGCAGUAGUUCAGACGUGCGCCUUCAAUCGGACCAACUUCCAUGUCUCCGUUUCUGCACACAUGCUUCCUCACUCGGACUCACCGCUGACGGCGGGGUUCUUAGAGGUAUGCCUCCUAGCAAUUCUUUGCUGCAAGUUGAGAUCGUUAUGUUGGAGGGGCCUGAAGCUGAAAUGGCCGCUGCUUUGUCAAUUCUGGAACAUCCACGAGAUAUCCGUUGUUAUGUGUGGUGUGUGCUACUGCAUUUGCUACUUCAUCCGGGCAAGCUAUCGAUGCUAUCUUUCGUCUCACCUGCACGACGAAGAAGACUUGUCUGCGGUGGUUGAAAGACUCUCUGUGACGGACAGCGCUUGCCAAAGUCUACUUGGAUGUUUACUGUUCUUGGCGAUGCUCGGAAUCUUCCGAGGUGUCUACGUAAGCAGGCAUCCACACGGGUUUCCCAUCCUGCUUCAGCUGAGGACGUGGCGAAAGCAGCUGGUAUACCUUGUCCUCUGCUGGUUAUUCUUGGUUGCGUCAUCAUCCUGGCUGCUACGACCACAGCAAGGACGUGAGCGGGGUCUGCUGCGCGGCAGCGUGGCCGCGUCGGGCCGUCUUCUGAGGAUACCCACUGUCCUGCUAGCAGACGGCUGCGAGUUCGUUGGAAGCAGCCGCCUCGUCAGCUUGAUCGGCAUGCUCGCCGCCGUAUUCGGUGGAUUCCUGGUGUUCGCCUUGGUGGCGCGCCUCUUCACGCUACAAAGGCUGCGUCGUGACCAGACCUGUCCAGUGUUGCCGUUCCGUGAAUUCCUGAGCUACCUUUGGUUGAAAACUCGCAUUCUGCGAGGCCAGGCCGCCUGCAGAAGUGCCUCCGCCGGCAACCCCGAUUUGAGUCCGCCAGACACGCUCAAACUACUGCUGGAGCUGGAGCGAGUGGCCUCGGAGAUGGCGGAAAGAGCGGACCGCCUGUUUGCCGUGCCAAACGAAGAAAAGGUUGAACGCUGGAAGUCCCUGCACCUGAAAACAACGCGUGCCCCUCCCAACACCGUUAGCAGCAAGAAAAGCGACUGAAGAUCCUCCAACUUCGCCUCUGCUACUGCUCCGGUGUACACUUCUAUUUUACGGAAAGUAGUUUUUAAAAGAGUGAUAUCUCACUGUCAUCGGUUUAAACAAAGAGAAAGAAACAGCACGGUGAAACCAUAGAGCUUGUCAAGUCCCAAGAACUAUGGCCGGAAAAAUUACACUGUGUGUUAACUUUUAACAUUAUACAAACGAAUGACGCAAGAUAAUUUGUAUAGCCAUGGAGCCCUCAGUACUGUGCAAGACUGCACAGGAUACAUAAGCAGAUUGAGGAGUAUUUUACUUUCUUUCUUUUAAGUGUGAAGCUAUAGAGCACUUUAUAUGCCAAUUAUUUUUUCUGCGCUUGUGCAACAGUUUAGCGAAUGCAUCUUGGUUUUCCAGGAUCCAGCACUUUACUUUCCGGCGUCAUCCGUUCUUUCACAAGUGCCACGUGCAGAUCGCGCAAGUUUUUUUUCUUUAUUCACAUCGUUAGCUGACAAAUGAGUGCUCAUGUACAAUUUUUAAAGUAAUAAACACAUGAUUCAUGA